AGCAGGAGGUUGACCUUUACGUGCAAAUGCAUCUAUUUUUUCUUCUUUGUUGCUUCCUGGAGGCUGCAACCUUCAACUUCCUACAAUACAAAAUGAACAUUCCAGGAAGGGAACUCGGCAAACUUUCAUCAGUUUCCUUCUUCUUUGAAGUUCAUCCUUUGUCCUGCAAUAACAUCGUUUCUUUUCGACUCUGAUCUACGAGCAAGCACUUCUUGUGGUUGCAGGAGAUCAGAGAGCGAUAAGAAAAGAUGGUGUUCAAGGCUAAAACUCUCGAUCUCUCCGAAGACAUAAAGACUACCUUCCCUUACUCCUUACCUUCUUCUCCAGAAUCCACCAUCUGUCUUCCACUCCAUCACAGCUGCACACGCUCUAUUGCGGUUCGAGUUGCAGCUGGUGUUUCCCAGAUCUUCACUGCCCCUAGACUUGAGCCUGCUUGUCAGGAGAAACAGCUUAGAAGGUUCACUUACCAGGAACUGGAAAUAGCCACUGGUAAUUUCAGUAAGGAGAAUGUUGUGGGCCAGGGCGGCUUCGGUACGGUCUACAAAGGACGCCUAUCCUGUGGCUAUCCGGUGGCUGUGAAAAUUUUAAAACCAGUGUCUCUUCAAGGUAUGGCACAAUUCCGAGCAGAAGUGCAGGUGGGCAAAAUGGUCACGCAUCGAAAUGUGGUUUCCCUGAUUGGCUUUUGUGAGAUGACAGCAGAAUCCAACCAACUCUUACUUGUUUAUCCAUUCAUGGAAAAUGGAAGUUUGUCUUCUCGUUUGAAUAAACAUGCUGCAGAGUCACAAUCCCCAUUGGACUGGGGCACCCGGAAGCGCAUUGCCCUAGGAGUUGCGAGGGGGCUCUCUUAUCUGCAUGAUCACUGCUUUCUUAGGAUAAUUCACAGGGAUAUAAAGCCAUCGAACAUCUUGUUGGACGAGAAUCUCGAGCCUCGAAUUGGAGACUUUGGCUUGGCUAAGUUCAUGGAUCAUAAGCUGCAGGCUGGGCUCUCUAAUCAGAUGCCGGAUCACAUGGCUGGGAUUAGAUCAGGAAGCCAAAUAAAGCAACACUCAGGAGAACUCUUGGACAAUCAUUCCGAGAGGAUGACCAAUCGAAUUGUUGGCACGUACGGGUAUAUGGCUCCGGAGUAUGUUUUGGAAGGGAGGUAUUCACCGAAGACUGAUGUUUUCGCUUAUGGGAUCAUGCUUCUUGAACUCAUCUCUGGCUGUAGCUUCGUGAAGCUGCGUUUGCUAGCCAACUCUGAGGAUAAUGUUUGGCUACCAUUAGAUUGGGUCAAACAGCUAGUAGAUGCCAGGAACUUCGACAGGAUUAUAGAUAGCAUUAUGAGGUGCAAUUAUAGUGAGAGUGAGAUCGAGAAACUGAUCAAACUGUCUGUCAUCUGCAACCAAUUUCAUUCCCCAGCAAAAAGACCCAACAUGUCCGAGGUAGUCGGCAUCCUCGAAGGAAGCAGUGACAGCUUGGACAACAGAUGGGAGGAGCUUCAACAAAACCGGGAGGAGUCCGCGUAUCGCCCAGAGUUUUGGUCUUCCCAUUCUGGCAGAGUUUUUGAAGACACUGCUUCCCACCUCGAUCCGGAGGAAUUGUCUGGUCCUAGAUGAUUUUUUUUUUUUUAUGAUUAUGAAAUAGCUAAAGCCGCUACCAAUGGCAUUAGAGUCAUGAAAAAUUAUUGAAGCAUUUUGUCAAUGGCACGCUUCCUCAAGUUGCUUGUGAGGUUUAUGAAUAUGUUAGCGUGUUUUUACUCUGAUGUUAAGUCAGUCGAUGGAUCAUUACUUACAAA